AGAGCAGGUCCAACAUGGCAGCCGGAGGAAUCACCACCCUCCCGCCCACCCCUGAUGAUGGGGGCAGUACCUCCUUCCUCCCGGGCACACACAGGGACCUGAAGCGCCUCUACUGCAAGAACGGGGGCUACUUCCUCCGCAUCGCGCCCCAGGGCCGCGUGGACGGGGCGCGCGACAAGAGCGACCCCAACACAAAGCUGCAGAUCCAGGCGACGGCUGUGGGGGAGGUGGUCAUUAAAGGCGUCUCCUCCAGCCAGUACCUGGCCAUGAGCGCCGACGGCAGGCUGUUCGCCAAGAAACGUGCCACAGAGGAGUGCUACUUCCUGGAGAGACUGGAGUCCAACAACUACAACACCUACCGCUCCUGUAGGAAUCCUGACUGGUACGUGGCCCUGAAGAGGACUGGCCAGCCCAAGUACGGGUCCAGAACCGGACCGGGCCAGAAAGCCAUCCUCUUCCUCCCCAUGUCUGCCGUGUCCUGAUACCAAGCUCCAGUACUGUACACUACUUUCUUCUGUGGUUCCUGUAACGUUGCAGCAGCAGGACGAUGUUGCCGCAAUGCCAAAGCAACGUUGUGAGAAUGUUAUGUGCUGCCUUGUACCGAAAACAUCUGAAAGCACUACACACUGUCUUCACCUUUCCUACAGUGUAUACACUCACCUGUAUAGGGAGUUUACUCGUCAUAUACUAUGGCUUUAGACCACCCAGAUUUACAGAAUGUGAAUUCAUGAGUAAACUGUUCAGUUUAGUGGCUGUUUUAAAGCAGCAUUCAGUAUUUUGCAGUUAUAUAAAGUAUAUCAAAAUAUAAUAUAAAAAUAUAUUUAACUUUAAUGUUGUUAAUAAUAAAAAUAUUUGUUGUAAAGAAUCCAAUCCAUUUUCAGAUGUAAAGGCAUUGUAAGAUAUGUGUACUAAUGUUACUCUAGUCUGUGUGAAAGAUCAUUUCCAAAAGAAGCCCAUGGUAGGUCAUGGUAAAUAAUUUCUCAGUAUUUUAUUUUUAUUAUGUGAAAAACACCCUGUAUGUAUGAUGAAAACUUUUCAGAAUCCUUUUACACAUUUCCCUGCACAUCAGUUUGAAUCCAAAAUAUGUAGAACUUGUUUAAUUAAAGCAUUUAAUGGUAAAUAUCCACUGUCCUUCAGAGAAGACUGAAUGUAUGUAUUAACAUGUAUGAACAAGAUUUUAUUGGAAAAUCAUAUACAUUUAUUUGUAUUUUUCACUGUGAUGAGAGUAAACUUUGCCAUGGUAUGA